AUGGAUGGGUGUUCGGGGGAUAAUAAAACCCCGUUCCAUCUUCCUAUUAACGAUAGCACAGCAAUGAAUUGCGGAGAUUUUGACAUGAAGAUAGUUGCCUCCACAAAACAGGGCAUACUCUGUUGUGUUAGAAGAAUUGGAAAUAGAUAUAGAUAUUAUAUUUGUAAGGCAAGUACUAAACAAUGGAUAAAACUACCGAAUCCUAGAGUACGUUUUGAAACUGUUAAAGUUGCCGUCAUUGUGUUGAAAUCGAAUCCCCUGCAUUUCAAGAUCAUAAGGUUGUCAUCACCUCGAACUUGUUAUCAUCAUUAUAGAGUAUUAGGAAAGGAUUACUAUCGUCGUGAAGUUUUUGAUUCAGAGAAUUGGAAGUGGAAGCAAGAAAAGGAUUUGUUAGUCCCUGAAUUAUUGUGCUUUGACAUGUUUGCUCCAGCAGUUCAUGCAACUGGUUUGGUUUAUUUCAAACUACGCGAUGAUCAAGUAAUGGCUCUAGAUUAUAAUGGGGAAGAGGCUUUCCCUAGAUUUUCACUUCCAAAUCAAGCUUUUGAUUAUGAAGAUUAUCGAUAUAACCAACUCGUGGAGUAUAAUGGGAAGCUUGGGUUUACCUGUUUAUCACCACGAGGGAUAGGAGUUUGGGUUUUCGAGAAUGAGAAUUGUGUUUGGGAGUUGAAAAAGGAAGUAGGCAUUGAAAGUAUAAAGGAGGUGACAAAUUUUCCAAGUCCUUCUGGGAUUUAUAAUGCAGACAUUGCUUUGAUGAAGGAUUACUAUAAAGUUUACUUUUACAAGCUGCAAGACAAGAGCUUUAACGAGUCCGCUUUAUUUUAG